CUCUGACCAAUCAGAGGCUAUAAAGUCGGUCACCGAUUGGCUCUUCGUAGGCUCUUCUCCUUCUCCACCUCUCUCCUCUCCUCCCGAUGACUUCGCCGUCACAAUCAAUAACGCUUCUCUGAGAUGUGGAGAGAAACUGGUCUUCGAGCUUCACUCUCAUUCAAAUCGCAGCGAUGGGUUUCUUUCUCCUUCGAAGCUCGUCCAAAGGGCUCAUACCAAUGGGGUGAAGGUUCUUUCUCUAACGGAUCACGACACAAUGGCUGGUAUUCCAGAAGCAGUAGAAGCAGGGCGUAGAUUCGGCAUCAAGAUCAUCCCCGGUAUCGAGAUCAGCACAUUGUUCUCUUCCAGAGAGUCCGGUUCCGAAGAACCGGUGCAUAUACUCGCGUACUAUGGCGCUUCCGGUCCGGCGAUGUACGAUGAAUUGGAAAACUUCUUGGCGAAGAUAAGGGACGGGCGGUUUGUCCGUGGGAGAGAAAUGGUGUCGAAACUGAAUAAACUUAAGAUACCUCUCAAAUGGGAACACGUCACCAGGAUUGCUGGCGAGGAUGUUGCCCCCGGUAGGAUGCACGUUGCUCGAGCCCUUCUUGAAGCUGGAUACGUGGAGAAUUUAAGACAGGCCUUCACUAAAUAUCUACAUGAUGAUGGACCUGCUUAUGCCACAGGGAGCGAGCCUAAGUCCGAGGAAGCAGUGAAACUUAUAUGCAAAACUGGUGGUGUAGCUGUUCUUGCACAUCCGUGGGCGUUGAAGGACCACGUCAGUGUGAUUCGGAGGUUGAAAGAUGCUGGACUUCAUGGAGUCGAGGUUUAUAGGAGUGACGGAAAGCUAGAAGUGUUUAGCGAGCUGGCGGAUACGUACAGUCUACUGAAGCUAGGAGGAUCAGAUUAUCAUGGUAAAGGCGGACGCAACGAAUCAGAACUAGGGAGUGUAAACCUUCCUGUGAAGGCGUUGCAGGAUUUUUUGAACCUUGGGCGUCCUAUAUGGUGUGAGGCCAUUAAAGCAACCAUGAGGACAUUCCUUGAACAACCAUCUGAUUCAAACCUCUCCAAUAUCUUGAGGUUCGAUAGGGCGAGGAUUCUGAAAGGAAGCUCGUCUUGGUCCUGCGGUGGGGAGUUGAUGGACCGUUGUUUAGCGAUUUGGUUGACAAAUGAUGAGAGAGAAAACGACGAGUUUGAGGCUCUUAGAUCGAAGCUCUCUUGUGUGUUAAUCAGCUCAAAGGGAUCGUGUGUCACCGUUGGUGCUUAAAUACUCUAGUGAGAUCUCUUUGUAUGCAAUGCCAUGCCAUGUGAUGUUGUAGACAAUCGAAAUGACAUGUUAGGCUCAGAUUAUGACAAACAGACUGAUACGCGGUCGGAUCAUUUGGAAAAAUGCAAUGACCAAUCAUAUCACUAUUGCCAAUGAAA